AUGGCAGAUCUAGCGGAGGUGCAGCAGCUGGAGCUGUUGUGCCAGGCCUUUUACGGCGGAGGCGGAAAGGAAGAACAGAAUGAGGCCCAUAAGGUGCUUCUACCUCUUGUAAAUAACCCUGAAAAUAUGCCCAGGCUACAGGCAGUGCUGGCUCAUUCUUCGAAUAUGCAGGCAUUGAUCUUUGCGAGCUCGGGGCUAAUGAACCUUUUCACUCGGUACUGGGGCCAGAUAUCUGACAAGCAGAAGGAGGAGACCCGGAAUUUUCUGCUGAAUUAUCUUUAUCAGCGCAGUGCAGAUCUGCUGCACAAUGCACAGGAAAUACUUGGCCAUCUCAUUCGACUGCUCUGCCGCAUAGUGAAGCUCUCCUGGUUUGAAGAUGUAGAUAAGAAGAUCCUGGAGCAAGUUGGUUUGUUCCUAAGCGCAUCAACUGCACACUGGGUUGUUGGGUUGUACAUAUACACUGAGUUAACUCAGGAAAUGCAGCCGAAGAUCGGAUAUCACAUGUCUCGUCUUCGUCGCGUGGCUUUCUCUUUCCGCGACAUUGCACUUUCGUCUAUUCUAAAGGUGGCAGUAAAGACUCUGCAGCAGUUUGAUGCGGGGGCCAUCCGUGUACCGAAUGAUGAAGAGGAGACACGUCUGCUCAAACAAGUGCUGCAGCUGGCACUCAAUUGCCUGUCAUUCGAUUUCAUGGGAACCAUUGCCGACGACACCACUGAUGAGCAGAACACAGUUAUGAUCCCUCAGGGCUGGAGCGAAUUCAGGGAGGAACGUUUCCCUAAAAUGUUCUUCAGCCUAUACAAUGCCUGCUGGCAAAAGAACCCGCACCGGCCUCGCGUUGAAUGCGCACGUUUGUGUUUGUCUUGCCUCGUCCUCAUCUCGGCUUUUCGCCGAUCUUUCUUUGAAACAACGGCCACCAGGAACAAAUAUAUGAGCGCCUUGAUUCUAGGGACAUUUAAGAUCAUCAAAACAAGAACGGGCCUAACAGAUGACAUGUGCUACCACGAGUUCUGCCGCCUCAUUGGCAAGAUCAACACUUCCCACCAUCUCAGCGAACUCUGCGCAUCAGAGCCGUUCAGAGAAUUCCCCCAGUAUCUAUUCGAUUUCACAAUGGAGAGCUUAAAAUCGUGGAAGCGAAUGCCGAAUAGCAAGCACUACCUUUUGGGGGUAUGGGCACACGUAAUUUCCCCCUUGCUUUUCUACAAGCAGAAAGUGCCCAGUGACCUGGAGCUUUACAUUGAGAGGAUUACCGCAGCAUUCAUUAUGAGUCGCAUGUAUGUAGCGGAGGCCAUUGCUGACGAUGCUGACAACUGCGACUGGGAAAGCCCCUUAAACAACGAAGUGUUGCGUCAGGAACAGCUGGAGGUUUUGUCUCAGCUUGCUCGGUGCCGAUACACAAAAACGGCACGAGUGGUUCAUGAACUGUUCGAAGAGACGAAGACCAAGGCACAGAGCGGUGAAAUAAGCAGGAAGGUCUUUGAGGAGAAGAUCACGUGGCUGGUGUAUCUUAUCGGGGCUCUUGUCGGCAGUAACUGGACCGGCAGGCUCCCUGAUGUAUACGUCGACGAUGCUUCGUCGGAAACUGUGCAGACGGCGAACGCUGGUCUGUCAAAGCUCGUCCUCACAUUGAUUGAAGAGACAAAAUGUGAAGAUACGCCGGAAACCCUGGAGCUGGCAUUUCUUUAUUUCCUGGACCAAUUCAGGAAGCUCUUCAUCGGCCAGUUUGCCCGCAAGCUGGAUGGCACGAGUGCCUUUGCUACAGGCAAGGCUCUAGGAGCGGCGGAUGACAAGGCGGUGGUAGCAACCUUGGUGAGCAAGAUUGGUUUCAAUCUACAGCACAGAGUCGAUAUGCCAGAGUGCAUUAAGAAGUCCAUGGAUCUCCUCUUUGAGUUUGUGGCCGGGGUCCACAUUGUCCACUGGAUCUCCCGGGCCCCAGAGCUCAUCGUCACGGGUCGGCUGCUGCUGGAAACUCCCACUGGCGCCUACUUCCUGACGAAUCAUUGCAGCGCCGAGUUCAAAUUCCUUUCGAUGCGCAGGUAUUCGAGAUUGCGGACGACUUACUAUCUAACGCUCGGGACGUUGUUAUUUUAUCAGCAACGGAAGGCUGCCGUCACUUUUGAACAAUUCGUGCAGCCCAUGGAUGCCAUUUUCGUUUCGUUGUGGCAACAAACCGAAGAAGGGAGAAAUCCCGGGUCGAUCCGCAAUCCGCUUUGCCGGGACCCCCUGAUUGGCCUUGUGCGAGAUCUCAGGGGGCUGAGUUUCGCUUCUGGAAAUAGCUCAACGUACACAGUCCUUUUCGAGUGGUUGAUGUCGCCGGCAAAGAAGAUCAACGGCAGCACUCGCAUGGCAAUAUUUAGCUGGGCAGCGGAUGCUUGGUGGGACGAUGCAGAGGUUAUGGUUCCCCUUUUGAAGUUCAUCGCUGACUUCGUCAGCAACAGGGGAGGCAGCAGGAUACAGUUUGUUGAGUCCUCCGCAAACGGCAUUCGGCUUUUCAAGGAAGCAUCGAGUGUGGUGCUUAAAUAUGGAAACAGGAUAUUGCAGAAACAGGACUUCACUGACCCUUACAAGGAGAAGUACAAGGGGAUGGCUGUGGCCUUGCAGAUCUUGAGCAACAUCAUCAGUGGCUCAUAUUGCCAUUAUGAGGUAUUCGAGGUAUACGGAGACACAGUCCUAAACGACUCCCUUCGUCUUGCUCUCCAGAUGUGUCUGGCGAUUCCCCAGGACGAUUUGAUGGCUUAUUUGAAGUCGCUAAGGCCUGUCUACUCUUUCCUCGAAGUUGCCACGGAGUCCUUCAUGCAGCACAUUCUAGAGCUUCCGCCAGCCCACCUUGCACAGCUGCUGAGGUGCGUUGAGGAUGGCCUCUGUGCACAAGAAACAGUGCUGAUGCAAUCCUGCGCCACCUUAGGCCAUUUUGUUGAAUUUAUCUUCAAGUACAGGAAUUCUGAGGAGAAGGAAGGAGACGCCGUCCGCGCCUUCCUUGAGGCACAACCGGGGAGUUUACCGCGAAUGUUGCAGCUGAUAUUCCAGCUGCUCAUGACAGGCCAGCUCCCAAACCUGUUCGCAAUUUCGGGUGUCUUGUUGGGUCUGAUUGUCCUGCAACAAAACGAAUACUUGAAGUUGAAGCAGCAGAUAAUUGAGCAGCAAAUCGAAAGCAAGCGACCGCAAGUGGAGGGCUUCUUCAUCGAGUUGAUGGUGAACAUUGAAGAUGACCUUACGCCGGCAAAUAAAGAUAGGUUUAUGCGGAACCUGUACCACUUUGCCCACGACAUUCGGAAGAUGUUCUCUUUCAGUUUGCCGGCUACUCUCCUCACCAGCCUCAGGUCUUGUGACCGGUGCCCCACACGCCUGGAGACAGAAGAAGAGCUCAGCUCCUUCUUAGAAAAUCUCGACACUCCGACACGCUCCGAUGACCGCACACAAGGCAGCAUUCGACACCCGUUCCGCAAGCUAGAGUACAUCUGUUUCGACCCUGGUCCGGUGAAGAUAGAGGCUAUUAGGAGGCGGCCGCUACCCCUGGAUAACCCCAAGGACGUCCAGAAGCUCAUCGUCUUCGCGUUGUACUACCGCAGCUCCAUCGUUGAAGUCGCUUGGGUCUCCUUUCUUCAAAGAGAGCUACUCAAGAAGGCACGAAAACUCUUGCACGCAGAGGCCAAAUACGCAGCCCAUUUAAGCGUCAUAUGA